CCUUCUCUCCGUUCUCCCUCCUCUCCUCUCUCCUCUCUCCUCUCCUCCACUCCUUUCCCUGUCAUACAGAACUUGAACAAGACCCGCAAAGGCAAGACUGGUUUCUAUUCUUGACCAGAAAACAAGACAAAAUCCUGCGUUUCAUCAGCACACACACACCACUUCUACACCAACACGAACCCAAGAUGAGCGAGGCAACACGGAGCCUCCUCCGCUCAGAGCCACUCAUCGUCUUCCAGGCGCUCGAGGGCAAGCAGUUCCCGCCGGGGUCAGAGUCCUCGCCACUCCGCGCGGCGGUGCUGCUCGAUGGCGUCGAGCAGGACAGCACGAGCGUCGCAUUGAGCGCGGCAUCGACCGAGGUCCACUGGCUGCCCACCCAGGCAUUCACCAUCACUGCCGCUGGAUUUACAAACCUCGUCAUCUCAGUCCGCGACGAAAAGCACGGACUCGACAUUGGCAGCGCCGAUUUCGCGCGUGAAUCGCUCAUCGGCGAAUCCGAAACCAUGAGCGAGAGUGCCUAUGAAUCGCCGGCAUCCGCGUCGGGCGCAGCCACUCCAGCAGCGCUGUCGCACGUCAGCUCGAGUACCUCGGUCGCUGGCGGUGCGAUCGCUGCAAUGACGGCACUCAACAGCUCGCUUUCACCGUCCAACUCGUCCUCCGCACGGAGCAGCAGACGGCUCAGCGAGAAUCUCGACGUGCUCGCACGGCAGUCGUCCAUCCCGCGCACCCAACAGGCCGUUCACGACGAGUGGCUCUUCCUCGAGAUGCCCGAUCAGCAACCGCCAGCCAAGGUCCGGGUUGAAAUCACCGUCCAUCCCUCAGCGCCGCGCGGAAUCACCGUGCGCGUCGUGGAUGCGCAGACGACGAUUGCCAAGGCGAAAGGCCUCUAUCUGUCCCUGCGCCUCAUGCCCCAGCAUGCGCCUAUGGGUGGCGGCCACCAGCGGUCUCGCUCGAUCGACGGCAAGGACGGCGUUGUCAAGACCAAAGUCUCCAAGGACACCAGCCCUUCCUUCAACGAGACGUUCACCUUCCCACUCCACCUCACCCCAGAGGCGCACUGGCUUGAAAUCAACCUGUACGAGGCCGCAACCUUCUCGGGAGAUACCCAGCACGCCGCUGGCAUGCUGCCGCUCGCGGGUCUUGCGCCGAACGUGACCUCCGAGCUCUCGUGCAUUCUCCAGCGCAAGACGGACAAAAAGAAGGACAAGGCCGACAAGAACAAGCGCGCGAGCGCCUUUGGUCUUGGCACCAUGCACGUCAACUACUACACCACCUUUAACAAGAUUUUGCCACUGGAGUGCUACCAAGAUUUGCUCAAACUUUUCGUUCCUGGUCACGUCGGCGAAAACAAGGCUGCUCCCCUCAACAUUCUGCCCGCUUCGUCCAAAAUGGACGCUGCGAGCAAGCGACGACGGACAAGCCUGAUUGGCAGUGGCUCGCAACAACAGCAGCCAGGGGCUGGGGUCUUUACCUUGACGACUCCAGCAGUGCUUGCGUUUGCAGCGCGCUGCGCCGAGUCCAAGUCCUUCUCCGACUCCGUCAUGGCCGUCUUUGAGACGCAGGAUCUUGCCCUCUCCUUCCUGAAAGCUGCCGUGAACAUUGAGGUCACGGCCUACUUGGUCAGCUCCAGCUCCAACAAAAACUUGGACGGGUUUGGCGCAAACAAUAGCGCGUCCGCAGUGACAUUGUCCUCUGGCGCUGCCAGCACGCUCAGUCUCAGCAGCUCCACCUCCACCAUGAUGAGUGCACUCGCCGGCAGCACAAGCGCAACCGCUCCCAUGGGCUACAUUGGUGGCGUAACAGGUGGCGCAACCGUUGCUUCGACCACACUCCUGGGCGACUUGUCCAUCACUGCCCAGUUUAUCGAAUCGUACAUGCGCGUCGUUGGCAAGGACUACAUUUCUGGCAUCUUGCGGUCGCUCCUUCGACAGCUGCACACGUUUGGCAAGAUUGCCCCAACAAAAGGCGACGACAUGGUGGCCACCAUCCGCAAGCACUGGAAGCCGCUCGAGGCCAUUUGCAAAUCAGUGGUCGAUGCUGUCGUCCACUCACUCGACGAGUGUCCUGCUGGCCUCCGACUCGUCCUGUGCCAUCUGCAACGCUUGGCCCUUGACCGGCUCGGCAGCGAAAUGUCGGCUUCGCGCGCACAGCAGCUUGCGGACAAGGUGGUCAACGAGCUCUUCUUUACGCGCUUCCUGUGCAAUGCGCUGGAGCGGCCGCGUGCGUAUGGCGUCCACCCAAGCAGCGAGCGAAACGUGUACACUCUCGUGCUGGUUGCCCGCAUUUUGCACGUGACGGCCGAGACGCACCAUCUGCGGGAUGCUCGCGAAGGGUAUGGUUUUGCCAGCUCAUUCAUGGGCCCAACGCGAGCCCGCCUUCGCAAGUUUACCACCUCGCUCGCGACUGCUUCUGGGGACUUUUCUCUCGAGAAUGGCGAAAUGAGCAGCAUGGCGGCCAUCAACAACGCUGCCGCCAUUGAUCUCGAGCGAGAGUUGGCCAACAUUUACCGCCUCUUCCAGUUCUCCCUCGACGCAGCGUCCGAGCCCGAGCUCUCCGGUCUGGCUGGCUGCAUUGCCGUGAUGACCAGCGAGAGUGGCGCGCCCGACUCUGCUCCUUCCACCACCGCAACGGCUGCCACUGCAUUGGCGCUCGGCCUGCCGGUGCUGAGCCUGCGUGCCAUCGCGCGGCUUGAACACGUCCUGUCCGUUCUGGCGUGCAUCGACGACAACAUUCGGUGCGCCAAGCACGACCCAACGGCCUUCUACCUGAGCGACAAGGCCCAGAACAUGAUGGGCUUGCAAGUGAAUGCGAGCGAUGCAGCCAUGUCCUCGUUUGAGCCUGCUGACACAGGAGCCGAACUCUCGGUCUCGCCGGCGCACAGCAGGCAAGCGUCGGAAUCGACCAAUGGCGGUGCGGCCACUUUGGCGGCCUCGUCGGCCCCAUCGGCCCCUCGAUCAAGCAGCCCAACCGAACCCACUGCCUCUUCCAAUGCAAAUCAACUGAAGGUCGGGACUGUCAGUCGCGCAUCGAGCAGCCACUCGGAGCUGGGCAGUACUAGUUUUGGCAGCUCGCAAAACUUGGCCACCAGCGAAGAAACUCGCAUUGGUCCCGGUAGCGAGUUUAACAAUCGUCUCGAAACCCUCAUUGACGAGAUUGUCGAAGGCGUCCGCCAGCUCAAGGCCAACGCAGACCAGUCCAAACGCGAUACGUUCACGACGCUGGCGUCGUCGCUCGCCGACUCGGUUGGCAAAGUUGUGGGUCUGAUCAACGCACUGAAUCUCGAGCAAACUGCUCCAGACACGGUCGCGACCAUUUUUGAAUCACGCGAGUUCCUGUGUGACAACAUGAUUGUGUUGCGCCAGGCGGCUAGCCGUGCGGCGACCGCCACCCAGCAUCGCGAAGUAGCCGUGCAGUACAUGAUUGACUCGGCCUUUGUCGUGGUCCGCACCUUGCGCACGCUGACCCAGGGCAUCGACUCUCUGGACGCCGAGCUCGUCACCUGGCGGCUGGAAGACGCGUCGUUGGGUCGCUUUUCCACGGCCUUCAGCCGCACGCUCUCGCGCAAAGUGCGGUCCAAAAACCAGCUAAACACGCUUGAGGCGUCGCGCACCCGCUCUAUUCCUGCCCCGACUUUUGCGGCUGUGAUUGCGGCUGCGGCUGCUGGCGCGGCGGGCGAAGGACCCGCUGCCACGGCUGCUGCAACAUUGGCCGCAGCACUCGCUGCCGUCUCUGCGGCCAAUCGACCCGCAUCUGGUGCCGCUGCUGCAGUUGCUACUGCUGCUGUGGCGGCGGCGGCGGCUUCUUCGAGCACGCUCGCUCAGCCCUCGGCGCCAGUGCAUCCGCGUCGCUACAGCAAGAUGGUCGCACCGCCAACGGGCCGCGUCACGCUCAUUUUCACCGAUAUUGAAAACUCGUCUGCACUCUGGGAGCGCGACCCCGUCCUCACCCGCGCGGCCGUCAAGAUGCACAACCAUGUCAUGCGCAGUGCCAUGCAGGUCUGCAACGGCUACGAGGUCAAGACGGAGGGCGACGCGUUCAUGAUUGCCUUCCAACGCGCGGUCGAUGCUGUCAAGUUCUGCCUCAUUGCCCAGCUCGACUUGCUCAGUGUCAACUGGCCCGAAGAGAUCCUUGCCCUUGACGGGUACUCGCAAGUGUUUGAUGGCGACAACAACACCGUCUUUCGAGGCUUGCGGGUGCGCAUGGGCAUUCACACGGGCGAGCCCGAUUGCGAGCCCGAUCCCAUCACCUACCGCAUGGACUACUUUGGCCCUGUCGUCAAUCGCGCUGCGCGAGUCUCGUCUGUGGCCGAGGGCGGCCAGAUUGUCAUGUCCCGGUCGGCCAUGGAGGAUUGCCGUGCUCUGGCCGAUGAGCUCAAGCUCUUCGACCCUGUUUACGUCGAGCUCGGCAGCUUCAAGCUCAAGGGCUUGGGCAGCGAGGAGACCUUGUUCCAGGUGUUGCCGCUGCUGCUGCGGGCACGGACGUUUGAGCUCGCCCAAAAGCGGCGCAAGCCCACCAACGACGAGAAUGUCAAACUCGUGUUCAACCUCAUGCUUGACAAGCAGAACGCUGAAGUGCCUCCCCCGCAAGGGCACGUGGCGAUUGUGUUUGCAGACGUACAGCACUCGCUGCAGCUCUGGCACGCGAUUCCGGACGCAAUGCGCGCGGCAGUCAAGCUUUACAAGGACUGCAUGCGCCGCGCGAUUCGUGUGCACAAGGGCUACGAGGUCAAGACGGAGGGUGAUGCGUUCAUGGUUGCCUUCCAACGCUCCGAAGAUGCCGUCAAGUGGUGUCUUGAGACGCAGACGCUGCUUUUGACGCUCGAUUGGCCCAAAGAGCUGCUCGACUCGCAGUACUGCUGGGAGCGCCGGUCUCCCGAUGGCCAGCUGCUGCAGCGCGGCCUGUCCAUCCGCAUGGGUGUGCACAGCGGCUCGCCCGAGAGCGAAACCGACCCCGUGGUCGAGCGCAUGGACUACUUUGGUCCGAUGGUCAACCGCGCUGCACGCGUGAGCGAGUUGACUGACGGCGGACAGGUCGUGGUCAGCGGCUCAGUGUCUGACGACAUUCGGCCAGCACUGGAUGCUGGAGCCUUUGCUGCAUUCGUGCCCGUGCUGACGGAUCUUGGCUCCUUCCGCUUCAAGGAACUCGACACGACCGAGCGCUUGGUGCAGAUUCUGCCCAGCGCCCUGUCUGGACGCAUCUUUAAGAAGCUUCCAACAGAGUCAGACAAGUUCCGGCCCUCUGUCACUGCGCGCAAGCAUCUCAGCGAUCUGCUUGGUGAGCUGGGCGACUCUGGCGCAGAAGCGGUCUACCCGGCCCCGAGCCGAUCGCCCAUGAGCACGGCCAAGCUCGAGCGCAUGAACUCAAUCAACCUCGAGCGCCGCUUGGGCUCGGACGAAGUGCCGGCGAUCGGCUCGACACGCUCCAUGACCCUCAUGAACGUCAAGCGACCGAGUACCUCCAGCCUCCUCAAGUCCAGCCAGACCCUCGCCUACCCCAAACGCCCCGGUGCUGGAAGCGCGACCUCGUUGCCCAUCACGGCCUCCAGCUCUUCCUCACUGGCAUCGCUCCCCGACUCCCCCGGCGUCUUUGGCGAAGAUACGUGCGGCGGAUGCGGCGUGGCUGUCGACGAAGAAGGCGGUGAAACGUGGUUGCUUGCCUGCGGGCGCAAAUGGCACUACGACCACUUUGGCUGCCGCAAGUGCAAGAUGCCUUUCGAGCUCACCCCAUACAUUGAGCACAAGGGCCAUCCGUACUGCGAGAAGGACUAUUACGAGAUGUUUGGCAAGCGCUGCUUCAAAUGCAGGCUUCCCAUUGUCGGCGAAAUGGUGUUUGCGAUCGACAACCAAUGGCAUCAAGAGUGCUUCAACUGCGAGGUUUGCAAGAAGAAUCUCAAGGACCAAGAUUUCCUCAGCCGCAAUGGAUUCCCGUACUGCGAAGCAGACUAUGCAGCCAAGUUUUUCGCCUCCUGCCAUGCCUGCAAAAAGCAAAUCCUGGACGAGGUCGUUUCCGCGCUCGGCAGUCGGUGGCAUGUCGCGUGUUUUGUGUGCCAGGACUGCAAGACGCCAUUGGCCGACCAAACCUUCUACGCGCACGAAAAAAGUCCCCGCUGUCAGUCGUGCACGCUCAAAUGGGUCAAGCAGCGUGGAAAGCCGUAAUUUUCCUGUUAAUUUCUUUCCUUCUUGUACUCGUCGAUAUCAUUUCAUCCAAUGAAUGACUCUUGUAUUAGUUGCAAAUAUCAAAUCAUACAGUACA